CUUAUCACUACAGCCAGUCCACUUCUCUCCCUCUACUCAUCUCCCCGCCGCGUCGCCCCCAUCCUCCUCUCCCCCACAUCGCCGCCGGCGGCCGGAGGCGGUACACACUUGUGCUGGCGUGGCCGCGGCUCCACGAGGUCGUGCUCGACCCCGCUGGCGCUGAGCCCUUCACGCGCGCCCAUGCCAGCAUCCCCGCCUACGCCUACUACAACCAGGACCGGGAGGCGAACGAGGCGAUGCUACGGGCCAUGACCAGCGUGUCGGAGCCGUUCAUGGAUGUGCUGUUGGACGGGUACUGCCCCGGCGGAGGGUUCGAGGGCGUGGCCACGCUCGUCGACGUCGGCGGCAGCUCCGGCGCCUGCCUCGCCAUGUUCAUGCGCAGGGUGCCCACCAUCCGCCAGGGAGUCAACUUCGACCUGCCGGACGUCGUCGCCGCCGCGCCUCCCAUCACUGAACCAAACAAUGAAAAAAUUUCAGCAUGGGGACUCGUAAAUAAAAUUGGAGGGGGUGAAGACUGAAGGAUCAAUCUCCGAUCUCUGAAGACUCCGAAAACCUUCUUAUCUAGCAAGGUUCAAAGAUCUAUUUGAAAUUUAUCUGUGAUGGUAUGAUCUGAGAAUAGAUGCCUGAACUCUUUGGAGUUUGUACAUAUGCAGCAAAAAAUAAUCUUUAAUACAUCAUGUUUCUUAGACAA